UGAUGCAUUUGCCGCGUUUCUAAACACAAGCAGAAUUCCUGCUUUAAUUAGCUAGCUAGCUGACAGUCUUAAGUUUAAAUUGUACUGCCUGUCAGUUUACCUAAACAGGGAUGGAAGUGAAAACAGCACGACCCUAUUUUUUUGGUGACAUCGGUUUCUGGGCCGAGAGAACAGAGGUCCACAAGGCUGCUUAUGAGGGUGAGGUGUCGAUGCUGCAGGAUUUGAUUUCGAGCGGAGCUUCAGUGAAUAUCGUGGCUGUGGACUCCAUCACUCCUCUUCAUGAAGCAGCUGCUCGCGGACAGACGCAGUGUGUGAGACUUCUGCUGGAUGCAGGAGCUCAGGUUGAUGCAAGAAAUGUGGAUGGCAGCACUCCGCUGUGUGAAGCCUGCUCCAUCGGGAACUUUGAGUGUGUGAGGCUGCUUCUGGAUUAUGGAGCAAAAGUCAACCCAACCCUCACCUCGCGGACCACUUCACCUCUUCAUGAGGCCUGCAUGGGAGGUAAUGCAGACUGUGUGAGGUUAGUGAUUGCUAAAGGUGCGAGUCUGGAGGCAUAUGACCUUUACCAUGGUACUCCUCUACAUGUGGCGUGUGCCAACCGAAAACUCGAGUGUGUCAAGGUGCUAUUAAAUGCAGGUGUACACGUUAAUGCCACUAGGCUUCAUGAGACGCCCUUACAUCACGCCGCCAGGACCAACAAUGUGAACAUGAUUGAGAUGCUGGUGGAAUUUGGUGCCAAUAUUUACGCCCGAGACAAAUAUGACAGGAAGCCAGUGGACUACACAAGGCCAAACACACCCUCAGCGCACUGCCUUCAGCUCUAUGAGAGUUAUCCUCUUUCUCUGCAACAGCUCUGCCGUAUCACUCUGAGGACCGUCCUGGGCACCAAAGCUGAAGAUGUGGUGGCAAAACUGGAUAUUCCCAAUCGUAUUGUCAGUUACCUCUUAUACAGAUGAAGGUGUGCAGACACUGUGGAAAACUUCUUUUUUUUGUUUACCUCAAAUGCACAAAAAACUUAAAUUAUUACAAAUAUAUAACAAAUAUUACUUAUAUCAGCACUUAAGCAUCAAAGGUGGCGUAUAACACUUGUUUCUGUGUGGGGAAAAAACCUUAUAAAAAUCUGUCUUUAUUAACCGUUAACUGGAAGCCGUUUCAUGUAAGACUAAACACAUAUGAGCGUAUUUUGUGCGCAAAAUUGACAAAAAUGUAUUUAUUUAUUAUUCUUAAUUAAGUGUUUUACAUCUGUUUUAGGCCUCUAAAACAGUUAAAGACAAAAUUAUUAGCAUUCCUUUUUUUAAUCUUUUUCAGAUAUUCUCUGAGUGAUGUUUAACAAAGCAAUAACUGUAGUUAAUUAGUGGCAUAAGAUCCAGCCAAAUCAGUCAUGUGAAGGUCUUUGAAAUGACCAAGAAUUAUUAAAAUAAAAUAAAUUGUAUAAUAAUAAUAGUUUAUUUUAUGU